CCCCCCACGUAUAAAACCCUAGCUCGUGAUCUUCGCUUAUACGCCAUGGAUACGUAGUUUCCAAAUCAAGGGACAAGGGAACGGCCACGAUCACGACGAAGACGAAGACGAAGCAAUCGAUCACCGUCUCCAACGACAUGGGAGCUCUCUCCAAGCUUUGUAGCUGCAACAAGGCACUCGCUUGUUGCAUAGGACCUCCGGGCACAAUGUCGCCCAUCGGAGUGAGGCUAUGCGUCGGGGACCUAUCGGUUGUGAUAGAUAAUGGGAUUUUCCAGUUGACGCUGUCGAAGCCCGACGGGAUCGUUACAGGGAUUCAGUAUAAUGGCGUCGACAACUUGAUGGAGGUUCUUAACAGAGAAGAUAACAGAGGGUAUUGGGAUCUUGUUUGGAAUGCACCUGGUGGACCUGGUACAUUUGAUGUGAUUAAAGGUACAGAUUUUAGUAUAAUUCUGCAGGAAGAAGAUCAGGUUGAGGUUUCUUUUACUCGAAAUUGGGAUCCCUCCCUCGAAGGCAGGGUUGUUCCAUUGAACAUCGACAAAAGGUUUAUAGUGCUACGCGGCUCUUCGGGGUUCUACACUUAUGCGAUCUAUGAGCACCAGGAGGGAUGGCCCGACUUCAGCAUGGGAGAAACCAGGAUUGCAUACAAGCUGAGGAAAGACAAAUUUCACUACAUGGCAAUAUCGGACAAUAGGCAGAGGAUCAUGCCCAUGCCUGAUGACCGCUUGCCUGCGCGAUCCCAGAAGUUAGCGUACCCCGAGGCUGUUCUUCUCACUAAUCCCAUCAACCCUGAUCUCCAGGGAGAGGUGGAUGACAAGUACCAAUACUCCUGCGAGGAUAAGGACAACAAGGUCCAUGGAUGGAUUUGUUUCGAUCCUCCGAUUGGAUUUUGGCAGAUCACACCAAGUGACGAGUUUCGAACCGGAGGGCCUCUCAAGCAGAAUUUAACUUCUCAUGUUGGACCCACCACUCUUGCUAUGUUUUCGAGUGCUCAUUAUGCUGGGAAUGAUCUCUCGCCAAAUUUCAGAAACGGAGAAUACUGGAAAAAAGUAUUUGGGCCUGUUUUUAUGUACCUUAAUUCCUCUUGGGAUGGUUCAGAUCCAACUAUGCUCUGGGAGGACGCUAAAGUGCAGAUGCUGAUUGAAGUAGAAAGCUGGCCAUACAGCUUUCCAGUUUCUGAGGACUUCCAGAAGAGUGAGCAAAGAGGUUCAGUCUGCGGAAGACUACUUGUUCAAGAUAGGUACAUAGAUGACGAAGAUAUAUAUGCGAAUGGUGCUUAUGUAGGACUAGCCUUACCAGGAGAAGCUGGAUCAUGGCAAAGAGAAUGCAAGGGUUAUCAAUUCUGGACUAGUACCGACGACAGUGGGUAUUUCUUCAUCAGCAAUAUCCUUACUGGCGACUAUAAUCUCUAUGCGUGGGUUCCGGGUUUUAUUGGUGAUUACAAAUAUGAAACAACAAUUACUAUUUCUUCAGGAGAUGUGAUUGAUCUCGGUGAUCUUGUGUAUAAUCCACCAAGAGAUGGCCCUACCUUGUGGGAAAUAGGCAUUCCCGACCGCUCCGCUGCCGAGUUUUACGUACCAGAUCCUAACCCUAAGUACAUCAACAGACUUUAUGUCAACCACCCUGAUAGAUUUCGGCAGUACGGACUUUGGGAGAGAUACGCAGAGCUUUAUCCUGAUAGCGAUCUGGUUUUUACAGUAGGCGAAAGUGAUUACACGAUAGAUUGGUUCUUUGCCCAUGUUACCAGGAGAGCUGAAGAUAACACUUACAAGCCGACCACAUGGCAAAUUAAGUUUCAACUCGAUAGUGUCUCGCAAAAUAGAACUUAUUUACUUCGAAUCGCACUUGCAUCUGCCGCUCUCGCAGAACUCCAAGUUCGCAUCAAUGAUUCUGCGGUGAAUCCGCCUCACUUCACAACAGGGCUAAUAGGGAGGGACAAUGCGAUUGCGAGGCACGGAAUCCAUGGACUGUAUUGGCUGUAUAGCGUUAACGUUCAAAGUGACUGGCUCAUCGAAGGCGAUAACACAAUCUACCUCACUCAAUCGAGGAGUUCGAGCCCGUUCCAAGGCGUUAUGUAUGAUUAUAUUCGAAUGGAGGGACCUUCGGAUUUUGAUUAGAACCGAAAAAUAAGUGCAUUAUUAGCUUCAUUAGUAGCAUGUUGAUUGUGUAAUAGAGGAGGUUGGACUCACCCUGAUGUUAUGUUUAAUUAGUGGCAUGUUUUCCUCUAAUCAAUAGAGAGUAAUAUGACUUAAGUAA